CUUGAGGUCUACUUUGAAAAGAGAAAAACAUGUACCGACUGGUCCUGAUUGGAGAGUCAGGGUCUGGGAAGAGUGCCUCCGGUAAUACCAUUCUUAAUAGGCAGGAGUUCGAAGCUAGUCCAAGCGCCACCUCUGUAACCAGGACCUGCCAGAGUGGAAACAGCCAGCUAGGGGAAAAUGGUGUUUUGGUUGUGGACACUCCAGGUUUCUUUGGCAACAACCUUACUGAGUCCCAGAGUCGCGCUGAGAUUUUUAAAUGUGUGAGGCUGUGUGCCCAAGGGCCUCAUGCUUUCAUUCUAACCAUUCAAAUCGGCCGCUAUGCUGAACAAGAAAGAAGGGUUGUGGACCAGAUGGUGAGUGUUUUCGGGGAGAUUACUUUGAAAAACUACAGUGUGGUUCUGUUCACCCGCGGUGAUGACCUGGAGAAAAUGACUUUACAGGAGUAUCUAAGGACAGCCCCACAAGAGCUCAAUGAUCUGCUGAGUAGAUGUGGCGGCAGAUACCACGUCUUCAACAACAGAGACCGCAACAACAGGAAGCAGGUGACAGAGCUGCUGGAAACGGUGAAGAGGAUGGUGAACACGAACCAUGGAGGGUACUACGUCUUUCCAGAUCACGUGAUAAUGGAGAAGAUUGUGGCGGGAUUAGCAGCAGGGGCGGUUGUGGGGGCGUGUGCAGGGGUGUGUCCACCUGUAGCAGUUGGGUUAGUUUUGGGUAAAGCAGUGACGGUGACAGUGGGUGUCACCUGUGCAGCAGUAGGAGGGGGAUUGGGUGCUAGGGCAGGGAAAGAUGCUGCCAGUGUAAAAGAUGCAGUUGUGAAAGGGGCUAUAGCGGGGGCAAUAGCAGGGGCUGUGGUACGACAGUACUGA